AUGUCCAAAAAGAUAAUAGAAGAAAAAAUAAAGAGCAGAAGAAAGAUAGUGGAGAAGGCUCAUAGGGACGUAUCAAGCUAUGACAUACUAAGAACAGAGUCUUGCGGUUACAUAGAAGUAGAUUCUGAUGAAAAGACAUAUGACGCAACACAGAGUAAGAUACGAAGACAUGUUAGCAUCAAAGCAUGCGAGCAGGCAUACGAUCUAAGGCUAGACAAUGGGCCAAUUCACGCUAAAUAUUCCAGGAAUGGGAUGCAUAUGCUUCUAAGAAAUGACAGGGGAUACUUGGCGUCAUUCAACACUAAGUCUAUGAAUUUACAUUUUGAAAUUGAUGUGAAUGACAAGAUGUAUGAUGCGAUAUAUCUCCACAAUGAGCGAUUUAUUGCGGUAGCUCAGAAGAAUAAUGUUUUUAUAUAUGACGGGUGCGGUGUCGAAACACAUUGUGUCAGAGAUAACAGCGAUGUAUUUAAGAUGGAAUACUUGCCGUAUCAUUAUCUUUUAGUAAGCGUGUCGCGCAGGGGCUUUCUAAGAUACCAAGACAUAUCUACUGGAAAUUUUGUGAGCCAGAUCUUGAUGAAAAAUCAGGAGGUUAUCUCCAUAAAGCAAAACCCUAUGAAUGCAAUUAUACAUACCGGUAGCACCAAGGGUGUUGUUAGCCUGUGGUCUCCGAGCUCCAAAGAGUACUUGAUGAAAAUAUUGUGUCAUAAAAGUGCUAUCUCGAGCAUUGAGAUUGAGAGAGACGGAAGAUCUAUGGUUACAAUGGGGAUGGACAAUCGAAUCAACGUGUGGGACUUAAGAAAUACUUAUAGACAGCUUAACACUCUUCGGGCAAAAUCUGGCUUAAUAGCAACUUCUUUGAGUCAGAAAAGCAUGCUGGCAUUGUCUUACGGUGGAAAUGUUCACAUAUGGAAAGAUUUUAUCAAUUCUGACUCCGGUGAAGUACUAUAUAUUAAGCAUAAAGUGGGGUCACUUGUAUCAAGUGUCGACUUCUGUAAUCAUGAAGACAUAUUAUGUAUUGGGCACGCAAAUGGGAUAUCAAGUAUCAUUGUUCCCGGGUGUGGUGAUCCUGUAUAUGAUUCUUAUGAGGAUUCUCCCUUUACCUCCAAGAAAGCAAGACGUGAGAAAGAGGUUAGAAGGCUGAUGGAAAAGAUACCUUAUGAGUUGAUAUCUAUGGAGUCUAAGGUUGGAAGUAUUUAUAAGGAGCCAAAGGUAGACAAGCCCAAGGAGGAGUUUUCAAGAUACUUUGAUGCCGAGCCUGUCAGAAAAGGAGCUUUGAGUAGAUUCUACAACAAAGAUGGAUAA